UGUCUCAGUCAUCGCUUGAUCAACAGACACCCAAUAAAGACUUAGAUCCUAAGUGUUUUUGAGAGAUGCUUUUAUGUUAUUUAUAUUAGUCAUCAAGAAAACAGAGUGUACAUUUGAUUGUUUCUUUAUUUAUUUCCAUCAAGGGAUUUGUUGACUCCAAGCUAAAACUCACCAAAACGUGUUUUCGUUGUUCUUUGAAGAAUUGAAAAGAUUAAGAAGUUUUGAGUUCCUAGUUUGACUCAGUUGAUACAGGUUAUUACAAGGAUGGGUUUAAGAGAUGGACUCGCUUCUUCAAGAAUCUUAGUCAAACUUGCAUUGGUUAUUGUCUUUGUGGCUGAAGUCUGCAACUGGAUUGCUUUUUGCACGACAUCUUGGUACGUAGAUGGCACAAAUCAUUCUGGACUAUGGAGGCGCUGUUCUACAUCAAUUAUCACCGGUGGCUGCAGUCAGCUGGAUGGAGUGGCCGAUGAUAAAAUGGAGGCUGUCCAAGCGUUUGCCAUCUUUGGCUUCAUGUCACUCAACGUUGGCUUCUUGCUUAUUCUUCUCUUCAUGUUCUAUGGAAGCUGUCGACUCAAUUCUGAGGUGUCCAUGGCAUCGGGGAUAUUUCUGUUGUUCUCAACUGCAUCAUGGAUUAUUUCCGUCGCAAUCUAUGGUGACCGUUUCAAAGACUACAUCGAGCGUUUGGAUUUCUCCUACGGGCUGGCAGUAGUUGCAUUGGGCUUGUCUCUGAUUGGUGGAAUCUGCAUGCUGAUCGGAGGUCGAGGUCACAGUACUACAGUGACUCAGUGAUAAAGAGAAGACGACUCUAACAUUUUCCAAAAAUAAACAAACGGUGAACAAUAAGAACACAGAAUUCCGUUACUGGAGCUCUAAGUUCUAAAUGACUGACUUUUAUAUUUUACAUACACUUAGUAACAAUGACUUGUAGUUGAAGACAUCAAUGUUGUUUUUUUUUACUUGUUUGACAUGUAUUUGUACAGUUCUAAUAUUACCACUAUAACUAUUACAUUUGUACAUUCCUACACCUCCCAAUGUCAAAAUAUUUUAUUAUUGGUCACACGAUUAGUACAAAACAUAAUAUAGUUGAUAGGUCACGGGGUUUUGGACUUCAUUAGUAUGGGUCAAUAAAAUCAUAAAUAUAUCAUAGUCAUGCUUAUUGGGCCGAAUCCCCGUCUAUAACCUUGGCCCCCAAACAGGGCCGGUCCUACAGGUUGCGGGGCCCUAUGCGAAACGGAUUGCGCGGGGCCUAAUUUGGGUUGUGAUAAGGAUUCUAAUUGAAAAUUAAGAUUUUGUAUUAGAAAAUAAAUUCGUCUUUGCAUUUUAUUCUUACUUUACUAAGUACAAAAAUCACUGUCAAAUUAACUUUACGAGCCGUCUACAGUAGAGAGUAGUUUUCCAACAAAAAGCCGAUAGACAUUCAAAUCUGCCUUUUAGAUUUACUAUCGACUCGCAAAAUAUCGCUUUUGUUUUUUUUUUAUAUAAGAGGUCCAGAUAGAUUUAGAUCUACAUUUGUAUGCCAGUGACUAUUGAAGUAAAUUAAAUAUUUGAAUUUCUUGUUUUGGUUAAAAUUCGGCUUAUUGUUAUUGCUGACAAUGCCUUUUUUUUUUUAUCGCGAGUAGGAUUGGCGUUUUCCAUAUUGAAUGACACAUCGAAAUGACAAUUUUGUCUGUUUUAAGAUUCGCAUCAGUUUUCAAAAGAUUUUAAUAAUCUCAGGACAUUUUCAUGACUUUUUCUUAUAUUUUAUAAUUUCAGGAGAUAUCCAGGAACCCUUUAAUAAUAAGUUAAAAUGGUUUAAUUUAAUAAUUUACACCUAGAAUUCGCAUCGCGCGGGGCCUAUGAAAGUGCGGGGCCCACUGCGGCCGCAUAGGUUGCAGUGGCCUAAGACCGGCCCUACCCCCAAAUAUUGGCCCGAGACAGGCGGAUCUUCCUGAUGUUUGGUCCACUGGAGACCAAUCUCAGAUUGUGUUGAGUUUCAGCUCAUAAAGUCUGACAUAAAGUCUGACCCAACCUAAACUUGUUCAGUUUCUGCUAAUCGUUUUUUUUUCUUUUACAGUGUUCACUUUUUAAAAAAUGGUUUGUUCUAUCUCAAAUAUUAAAACUGAACUGUGCUGUACAUAACUGACCUACACAAUAUCAUCUUUACAAAAUAUUUGAGUGAGCUAUGGAUGCAAAGUUUUAGUUCUAAAGUGAUAAUCAUCACAUGACUUUUAAGUCCAAUCUUUCAUAUUCUCGCUGGUCUACAGAUACUUCAUCAUGUACACACUUUUGUCUUAUGGUGUAAAUAAAAUAGUUUAAACCAA